UGUAUCUCUUUAAGAGCUGAGAGACGGAGCGUGUAUGUGUGCGUGUGCGUGUGGGGGAGGGGUAUCGACUGGGGUGGAACAGUCGUGUAAUGAGUAGAUACAAGAGAGGCGAGAGAUAGAUGGAGAAAAAUAGCGACAGGCCAAAAAUGAAGAGGAGGGCAGAUGACCUGGUGGAAUUGAGGGAGACAACAAUUUUGGUUUAGGACGCUGGGAUGGAGAGGACAAUGGAGCGGAAUGUUUUUUUUCGGCAUCUCUUAACACCCUAAGGAGAGAGCCUCCUGUGCAGAGUGGAGAGGGGCAGGAAACAGGAGAUAACCACACUCCACUUUGCUACGGCCUCUGUGGCAGUCUGUGCUGUAAUGACUCAAUGACUCGGAUUGUAGCCCAAAUGUUUGUUUUCCAGGCUUUGCUGUAGAGAAAUUGCUGCAACUUUCUGCUCUUCUACAUUUUGUCUGAAUGUCGUACCAGUGCGGUUGGAUUUCAGCUUCAUGUCUGCCGGUGCAGGAGGGAUGUGCUCUGAUGGCUAAUUGAGCCGAGCUCGAUUGCUGCUUCGUAGGCCUGCGGGACUGUUGGAAAAGCCUAGCCCUCGCUUGUCUGGAGCGCCCCAGACGACGGGCCGGAGAGCUCUCCGACAGCGCCGAGGGUGGAGGAGGCACUGGACGAGGAUGAGGAGGAGCACCGUUAGCCAGCUCGCCCGUGUAUAGCGACUGUCUUCAUCGCUCCCGCUCCACCACUGAGGCAUAGAUUUCUUCUCCAUCCCACAUGAUGCGUUUUAGGCCUUCCUGUCAUUCCUAACAGGAAAGUGGAUUUAAUAUUUGAAGGCAAGGAAGCCAGGGGCCCGUGCCUCGCUGCUACUUGUUCCGGACGAGGCCUCCUCCCCACUUGCUACUUCUGAGUUAACUUGGCCUUUGUAUUUCUUUUUCUUGACAUUCUAAGGAUUUGCCUAAACCUGUUUCAUGCAUGUCCACUGGAGGCAGGUUUGACUUUGAUGAUGGGGGGUCGUACUGUGGAGGGUGGGAGCAGGGAAAAGCCCACGGCAGAGGGGUCUGCACGGGGCCACAGGGUCAGGGCGAGUACGCUGGGGCAUGGAGUCACGGCUUUGAGGUCCUGGGUGUGUACACGUGGCCCAGUGGGAACAGCUAUCAAGGCACCUGGGCGCAAGGCAAGCGGCAUGGCAUUGGAGUGGAGAGCAAGGGCCGCUGGGAUUAUAGAGGGGAAUGGACGCAAGGGUUCAAAGGUCGCUACGGACAGCUGGAAAGCACAGCCAGUGGCGCCCGCUAUGAGGGAACGUGGAGCAACGGCCUCCAGGAUGGAUACGGAACUGAAACCUAUUCUGAUGGAGGAACCUACCAGGGCCAGUGGCUGGGUGGGAUGCGUCAUGGCUACGGCGUGCGGCAGAGCGUGCCAUACGGCAUGGCGGCCGUCAUCCUCUUCCCUCUGCGAACGUCCAUAAACUCCCUCCGUUCUGAGCACAGUCACGGCCCCCCGGCUGUGCUUGAGGACAGCGUGGCCAACACGCCCACGGACGGGGUGGUGGCUGGGCUGGCCGGCAGCCCCAUCGGCCGAGGAGGCUUUGCUCUCAUUGCUCCAAGUGAAGCCGAGCGCCAGAGAAAGAGGAAAGGUCGCUUCCGGCAGUCUAUCCUCAGCGGCCUGAAACUACGACGCUCGGAAUCUAAAAGCUCCCUUGCCAGUCAGCUGAGCAAACAAAGUUCUUUCUGCAGCGAGGCUGGCAUGAGUACAGUCAGCUCGGCUGCGUCCGACAUCCACUCCAAUGCGAGUGAAAAUGAACAGGGCGCUCCUGUGGAUGCAACUGUGACAGAAAUGUAUGCAGGUGAGUGGCAAAGCGACCACAGGGCUGGCUGGGGCGUGGGUCGACGCUCGGAUGGCCUUCACUACGCAGGUGAAUGGGCAGGGAACAAAAGACAUGGGUAUGGAUGCACCACCUUUCCUGAUGGCACCAAGGAAGAGGGAAAGUACAAGCAGAAUGUGUUGGUGAGCGGCAAGCGCAAGAACCUGAUUCCGCUGAGGGCCAGUAAAAUCAGGGAGAAGGUGGAUCGUGCUGUUGAAGCUGCAGAAAAGGCUGCGGAAAUUGCCAAGCAGAAAGCUGAGAUUGCCAUGUCAAGAAUGAGCCACGCUCGUGGAAAGGCAGAGGCGGCGGAGGGAGUUGCACGGAAGGCCAUGGAAGAAUGUCGACUGUCACGGAUAGCUGCCAAAGAGCUCUCACCCUCCUUUCACAUCUACGGCAAUGGGCUCGAAUGUCAAAUGCCCCAGCACCAGAACGUCAAGGACAAAGACCAUGAGGUCAUCUCCACCGGAACAGACAGUCCAGAGCUGUGUACUCCGGACAUGACACCGCCUGUUAUAACGCCCGAUCUCAGCCCUGCGCUGAGUGUCCCCAUCUGUCCGACCCGCAGCCCACCCAAUCAUGUACAUCGUUCCAGAAAUGCUUGCUUCAUGAGACAGAGCGCCGUGGAUGAUCAGGGUGGGUCAGAGAUCCAAGUUCUGGUGGAGUCACGGGCCACGGACAUGCUGAAGGGGGGUGCUAACAACUGGGCGGAUGACGUGUACCCAGAUCGAGGAUGUAGCAGCCGCUCAACAACGCCCUCUUUACUUGAAGAACAGGAGGGACAGGUUAAUGGCCACGAUCCAGUCCCUGUAACCAACCACAAGCUUCGUGAGAAAUCAAUCUCUAAUUUCAAAGUCCGGGAGCACACUUCUUCCCACAGAGCAUGGGAGCAUUCUGCGUCCAACCCAAAGUCCUCCAAGCUUGCCACCUCUUCUCACAAGUCAAGGGAGUACACGUCAUCCAAUCAUAAAACAUGGGAUCACUCGUCGACCAAUCACAAGGCUUAUGAGCAUGCCUCUUCCAACUAUAGGCAGGUACACAUUUUGUCCAAUCACAAGGCUUUGGAACAUAACGUGUCCAAUCACAAGACUUCUGAGCAUGCUUCCUCCAAUCACAACUCCCAAGAUUAUAUCUCCUCCAAUCACAACCCCAAAGACCACGUUGCCUCCAGUUACAACUUUCGAGAGCAUGUCUUCUCCAACCACCACCUGAAGCAGCACAAUCCCUCCAACCACAAACUUAAUGAGCAUGCUGUAAUUGACCAAAGGCAAGAUGGCCUCACCCAGGGUUGGACUGCAGAAAGCAGCCUUAGGUGGAGCCCCGCCCAUUCACGCCUCACAGAGCAGGAUGAGGAAAGGAUGAAUGACUACACGGUAGACAUGAGGCUGCAGUGUCCGCAAUCGCAGAUACCUCGAGGCUUGGCUCAGGAAUCACCGGCCCCCAAAAACAACCGGCUGAGAUCCCGAGGCCUGAGACCGGUCAGAGAGGGAUCCGUGGACUCUGUCCAGAUGCUGGACAAUUUGAAUGCGGGGGCGGAGCUAGAGGACUGGCCGCUGCAUAGGGACCUCACCCUCUCCCCACCGCUUCAGUCUCAGCCCAUCACUCUGGAGCAGGAAGGAGAGAUUCUCACCCUCAAAUCAAACUCAGGCUCCAGCUCCAUUCUGGUGAUUAUGGUCAUCUUACUCAAUAUUGGAGUAGCCAUUCUUUUCAUUCAUUUCUUUAUUUAAGCUAAAACAGGUAUGAUCUACUAAGACUUAUUGAUUACUGCAGUAUAUUAUAUUAUUGAGAUGGACAUUGUGCUUAGUCCACUGUAGCCCACAGCCUGAAUGACGGUCACAGAGCCUCAGUUUCUGCAUGAACGCCAUUCCUUUUACUCUUAUUUUGAGCUUGCAACCAUUAAAAGAUGAUUGAAUAAGUUUCAUAAUCAAGUGAAGAUUGCAGCUUUACACAAUUGUGGCAUUUAUGGACACAUAUGCAUGGGUGUCCAUUGCAUACUUUUAAAUGGACUCUCACCGGCAGAUUAGGUCCAUUUUCCAUCCCUUGAGAAAAAA